GCCCCUCUUUUUAGCUUCGCACAUUCACAUUUCGCUGUAUUUAUUCAUUUUUUGUUCAGUCUCUUUCUACCCUUUUCGUCCCGAUCGAUUUCUUCCUUCCGCCUAGGGUUUUUCCGCAUUACGAUUCCUCCAUCCAACGCGUUCUCCUCCUCAUUCACAAUUGCAAUUGCAAUAGGGUUUUCGUUUCCCUCGGUUUACUCCUGUGGUAAUUGCAGCUUUCUCGAUUCAAUUUUGGAUUUUGAGUUCCCAGUCUUACUCUGAAAGCCCUUGAUUCGUGCUGGAAUUUCAGGCUUUCGGAGCCGCAGAGAUAGGGUUCUUCCAUUUUGUCAUUUUCCCCAAGGAAAAAACAAAGAGAGGUCAACGAAUUUCUUGGUGGUGAGUUGUGGGCUGAGCCUGCAACCGUUGUUAUAAACUGGAGUUGUCGCAAUGUUGGGUGUGAAUCGUAGUGGCUUUAAUUUCUGUAGCCGUUUUCUCCACCUAGCUGAAUGGCAUCCUUUAGAAUAGCAAUGUUAAACAGGGCUUGAGGCCCUUCCCUUCCUGUCAUAUCAGCAAUUUGCAGGGUCAGCAGAGAAGUUAGUUAUUAGGAUAUUAUUGGCUUUAACCGUUUGAGGUGAGUCAGAUUGAUGCUGUGAUGGGAGAUUAUAAGGGGUUUUCAAUUUCCAAAAUGAUUGCCUGCUGUGGUUGCUUUGGAUUCGUCAAAAAACCAAGACGAGGACGGUCUAGACGUAGCAUCAACAAUUUUGUCUCCCAGGAGCUAUUAUUGGAUGGAGAAACUGAAGGUGAUGAGACGUGUAGUGGUGAUGUUACUAGUAACGCCACCAGUGAUGAUAAUGAGCUGCAUGCUGUACGCAACCGUUCGGAGGAGAUUUUGAACUUUAGAGCUGAGAAUGGCAUGGUUUGUAGGCCCUUUCCUGUUAAGGAGACUUGCAAACUUGUUCGCUCAGAGGAUGAAAAUGGGAACAAGAUGAUAAAUGAAUAUGUUCGAGAGUAUAAAAUUGGCUCUGGAAGCUAUGGCAAAGUGGCUCUCUAUCAAAGUUGUGUUGACGGAAAGCCUUAUGCAAUUAAGUCCUUUCACAAGUCUCAUUUACAAAAGCUUCGUGUUGCACCAUCUGAAACUGCCAUGACUGAUGUUCUGCGUGAGGUACUGAUUAUGAAAAUGGUAGAACAUCCUAAUAUAGUCAAUCUCAUUGAGGUGAUUGAUGACCCAGAGUCAGAUGACUUCUACAUGGUACUUGAAUAUGUGGAAAGCAAAUGGGUUUGUGAGGGUACAGGUCGUCGUUGUGCAUUAGGUGAAGAGACUGCUAGGAAAUACAUGCGUGACAUAGUCUCAGGAUUAACAUAUCUCCAUGCUCAUAAUAUAGUGCAUGGGGAUAUAAAACCUGAUAAUCUGUUGAUUACUCGUCAUGGCACAGUAAAGAUAGGGGAUUUCAGUGUCAGCCAGGCUUUUGAGGAUGGCAAUGAUGAACUUCGUCGAUCACCUGGCACUCCUGUUUUCACAGCACCAGAAUGUUGUUUAGGUCUUACUUAUCAUGGUAAAGCUUCAGACACGUGGGCUGUAGGAGUUACUUUGUACUGUAUGAUAUUGGGUGAAUAUCCAUUUCUUGGAGACACUCUUCAAGACACAUAUGAUAAAAUAGUCAAUGAUCCUUUAGUUCUGCCAGAUGACAUUAACCCCCUGUUAAAGAACUUAAUAGAAGGAUUACUUUGCAAAGACCCAGAACUAAGGAUGACAUUGGGCGAUGUUGCUGAGCAUGUCUGGGUUAUUGGAAAUGAUGGGCCAAUUCCCGAGUACUUAUGUUGGUGCAAACGCAAGAGCCUGGUGACUGAAGAUUUUAAUGGGAGCAACAUACUUGCUUGACCCACAACACUGAUUUUAAGUUGGACAAUGAGAAGGCCCAUUAAAAAAAUUUCCCCAACUUUGAGCCCACUGAGGAUGUUAUGAUUAUAAUAGAGAGAGGGAGUCUCCUUGGAAUUCAAGACGAUACGGCUCAUGCUGCCGAGGAUAAGUUGUCAACUAAGUCAUGUUUAUUUUAAUGUUACUUGUGAAGCAUUAGAGGUCUUGUAUACGGCUCUUUCUCAUGGAACGAGUUUUUCUCUCAAACACGUGCCCGAGUAAUAUACAUUCUUUGGAGUGUUUUGUUUAUCUGCCUUGGUUUAAAUUCAAAGAAUUUGAUGAUUCAACGAUCAA